AUGAGAACGAUCGUAGCAGUUGUCGCGCUGAUGGCAGCAAGCUGCACGGCUAAUCAGGACUUCCUCUCCAAGACUCUCAACGAGUGCAUCGCCGCAGAGUCUUGGACGUCUUGUUUGAAGCACGAGGUGCUCGGGUACUUGGACGAGAAGCUUGGGACCAGUACGGAAGCCAGAUCCUUGGAUACGGUCGACGAGGCCAUCGUAGCGAGGACCUUCAAGUACCUGAAGAGCUUCGACUACGGCAUCGACCUGCCAUUCGUGGACGCCGGUCUCAAGUACAGGCCCAGCAGGAGUUUGGCCGAUUUGGACGUGGAGUUCAAGGGAAACGACGUCGCUACCAGUCAAGCUAGAGGAAUCCUGAAGAAGAAGUUGCUGUUGCCGUUCCUCUUGUUGUUGAAGCUGAAAAUGAAGGCUCUGAUGCCUAUCCUCGUGGCCAUCGUCGGAUUGAAGGCCCUCAAGGCUCUGGUGCUCUCGAAACUCGCGAUCCUCCUGGUCGUCGGAUUCAUCGCUGUGCAGUUCUUCAAGAAGGGUGGGAUGAUGAUGCCGAUGGGAAUGUCGAUGGAACCGGCUACACCGGCAUACGGAGUUCCACCUAUGUCCACGACCACGACCACCUACGAACAGAUCAACUCGUGGGACGGAAACGGACCGUACUCCCGCGUCUGGACGCCGACCAACGGCGUGGAAGCCCAGAAUCUCGCUUACUCUUACUACUCGCCAGGCAGCAACUCGGGCUCGUACAGCCCCUCGUCGUCUUCCUCGUCGUCCUCGUCGUCGGCCAAUCCAGGCAGCUCGUCGAACUACUAG